UGGCUCUCGACCCGUCGGUUAUCAUACGAGAGGCAGAUACGCGAGCGGCAGUGCCAGAAAGGGACGCAGCUUUCCGAAGUCCGUUUUCAACAGGUCCAAUCGAAUCCCGUCAUGUGCUACUUCAGCAUAAUUCUGAUUAUUUUCGAGACGUGCCUCGCGUGAAGAACCAGACGACAUGGAGCUACGAAGACUCAAACUACUGUUGCUUCUGGCAAAUAUAACUGGAGUCGUUUUGGUUGCGGGUAUGGACGACGUUUGGGUGGAGCUACGCGCUCCGCGGUUCGUUGUACAUCACCACAGCGCUACGCUCAACUGCGAGCAUAAUGUCGACUCCGACUCACUUUAUAAGGUAGUAUUUUUCAAGAACGGCCAAAGGAUAAUGAAGUUUGUUCGCGGUCGGGAUCCGCCCUACGAGCUCUACAACAUCACCGGGGCUGAUUUAAACCUUUUGCAAUUGUCUCCGACUUCGUUAACGCUGGACAUGCUAGAUUUUACUGCAUCGGGCACGUACGCCUGUGAAAUAGCAUUGGAAACACCGUUGUAUUCAAAAGUGUCAAAACUACACGAUCUCACUGUUAUCGUGCGUCAGAAAAACCGUCCAAAGAUAAAAAUAAAGCAUAAAAAGCUAUCGUCCAGCGAACACUUGGAGGCGACGUGUCAGAGCGCUCCUGCCCACCCCGCGCCACACCUCACCUGGUUUAUAAAUAAUAUGAAGGUCGACGAGCGUCUCACAAUUCCCCAUGGCGCAGUAAAUGUUCAUCGUCACCACCACGGCAUGCCGCUAGCUAUAACCAACUCAUCUCUACGCUUCCCAUUGAGCAGCCUACAAUUAUUCCCUAACCAAACCGUGGAUAUCACCUGCCUCAGUACUAUACCUAGCUAUGCAAGCAUCAGCGAGGGAUUCGCUGAUGUUCAAAAUCACACUGUGACUGUGAAUGUCGUACGCCUGGAACCGGAGCCCACGCAGCUGCCCGUCAAAAUAAUUAGUUCGGAACUGAACUCGUCCCAACGCAUCUCAUCUCGACUACUCAUGUUCAUUGUAACAUUGGUCUGUCGUUUUAGCCAUAAUUUUUUUUAAAGAUCCAACGUAAAUAUGUAACAGAAAAUCUGUUUUUGAUGUCUGUGUAAUUUUGUAUUAAUUAAGAAAAAUAGUUUCCGUAAACGCUGUUAAUGUGAAUUUUCUUCGUACCAAUUUUGUUUUA